UGCACUCUUAUCGUUGCCCGCUAGAUGGCGCGCGAGCACACACAAAUAACAUGUCUGCCUCCAGCUUCCUCAUCCAUAGAGGCAGAUUAUUACAAACUGAUGUUCUGUUUUAAAUAGAUGUGAGUGACAUCCCAUCUCCUUCCUGAUUGGUCGCGGAUCCCGCCCCGGCAGACAGCUGGGCUCUGGCUCUCGCCCCAGUUGAGGAUGAAGGGGGUGCAUUACUCCUAAGUUAGUGACUCACACACCAUACAUGUCCGGGGGAGGAUAAAGUACAGAGCGAGGAGGCCCUGCAGCACAAAGUCUGCAGGAAAAAAGACCCCACCCAGAUCUGUGACUGCAGAUAGAAGGCAAGAGAUCACUGUGCAUCUGCUCUACCCUAUCCGAGUCUUAUCAUCCCACAGAGCAGCUCCAUGGAUCUCUAACAGCUGUAAAAUGAACAUGAGAAGAUAAUCGAAAAAUAAUUGAAAUGUUCCGUUGGCUCCACCUUCUACUUUUUCACCUCCUGUGGCCACAUGUGUGGUCCUUCAGAAUCUGUGCCUUCAAUGCCCAGCACUUUGGGGAGAAGAAGGCUGCCAACCAGGAGGUGCUGGAUAUUUUGAUCAAGAUAGUACAGCGGUGUGAUAUCUGUCUUCUCCAGGAAGUGCAGGACCCCAAAGGCCAAGCGUUGUCCAAACUCAUGCAGGGGCUGAACAGGCAACAAGAACUUUUCCAAUUUGUCAUUAGUCCAGCUCUGGGCCGGAAUUCUUACACGGAAAAAUAUGCCUUCAUAUAUAAAUCAGACAAGAUUUCUGUGAGGGAUCAGUAUAAGUACCAUGACAAUGACACAAAGAAACCAGACGUGUUUGCUCGGGAACCAUAUGUGGUCCGCUUCACAUUGCGAUAUGCAGACCUGCAAGACCUGGUUGUGAUUCCGCAGCAUACCGUCCCAGAUAAAGCUGAUGAGGAAAUUGAAGCCCUUUAUGAUGUAUUUCUGAAUGUCACGAGCCACUGGCGCUGUAAUAAUCUGGUUUUUAUGGGUGACUUUAACGCUGGAUGCAGUUACCUCUCUAAGAAGAAGAGGCGCACUCUCCGCCUGUAUAGUGAUCCAAAAUUUCACUGGCUGAUUGGGGAUGACAUUGACACUACAGUGAGAGAAAGCACAAAGUGCCCUUAUGACAGGAUAGUGGUGUACGGUGAGGAAUUGGCAAAUUUGGUGAAUUCUGCUGGAAUUUACAAUUUUACAAAGGAGUUGGAACUCACAGAGGCUGAGGCCCUGAAAGUCAGUGAUCAUUAUCCAGUGGAGGCAGAUCUUAACCUCAAAUAUAGUAGUGCUCACACUUUGCAUCCAUCGGUUAUCCUCCUUGUUCUGAGUGUCUUAGCUGCUGGAGGAACAAAAACUUUACAAUGAGGGUAAAGAAAAUGUCCAGAAAAACAAAACCACUUUCUUGCAGAUGAAAACCCAGGACCUCUAUCUUCUGAUGCUAUUUUUUUAUGCUUACCUUAUCCCAUUGUGUGUAAUAUAAUGAUGAAAUGUGUAAUUUGGUGCUUUGUGUUAUCCUAUGACCUACAAGAAGAGCAAAGACACUUAACUUUUCUAACCACUGGCUGUCUCCUCUCUCUGAUUACUGUAGUUUUUUUUUAUAGAUCUCAAUAUCCUUGCUUAUAUUGCUGUCCCUGAAUUAAAGGGGUUGUAAAGG